GCUCAUACAGCUGUUCUUGCAAGCAUUGAGUGCCGCUGGGAACAGUGCGACCAGGAAGUCUUUAUUGCUGCCAUCAUUGUGAAUCCUUUCUAUAAGGUUUCUCCAUUCCGGAAUGUACCCCUCACAACAUGUGCGGGGCUUGCGACACUUUUUGCAUGUCUUUGGCGCCGUUUUUACAACACUAAUGAUAUACCACUCGAUCUUUAUACGGACUUGGACGACUAUUUGAAUAGCUCCCAUGACUUCGCAUACAUGGACAACUACAAGCUUUCACUGUUAUAUCGCGCAGAAAAGGAGAAGACAUUGCUAACAGUCCUCAGGGUGUUUCGGUCAAUCCAAUCAAUAUAUGGACAGGACUGUCACAUCCUGGUUCAGCACGUCGACCUACUUCAUACUAUCGCUCAACGUCUUCUCUCAAUUUGCCCGAAUUCUGCCUCUUGCGAACACCUAUUUAGCAUGUUUGGCGCAAUUCUCAUGAAAUGGUGCAAUUGGCUCUCA